UUGAAAAAAAAAAAGGAAAACCCUCGCCCAUAUUAUCCUUCUAGAACUUUACAACUUUCAGCAUAGAGCUAGAGGAUCUAAACCCCUUUGAUACCUCAAAUAGCUCUAUCUGCAAAGUCUAAGCCUCUAUAGGGAUGUAUUUUAUACUUUUUGGCAAACACGAGUAUGGAGAUCUUCCAGAUGCUAGACUGCAUCAAGUGGAAGCGUCGGGAAACCCGCACUGCCAAGUAAACCUAUCUCUGAUGGUAGUACCCCGUUAGACAACUGAUAAUUCUUGUGUCAUUUGUCAAUUCCUAUUGUGUUCUGCGUCAAAGAAAGCAAACUGAUUACAUUGUCGACGCCAAUAUAAUCAGCCUUUCAAUUGAAGGUUCAGCCGUCAUUCUUUAUAUGCGACAUUUGCGACAGUGGUGGUAUCGAGUUACGAAUUGAAAUCAUGUUGUUGACCACGUCGGAGGGAAAAACUUCGACGGCAUUCGUUAGUUGGUCAAUGUUAUCGGUGGCACUCCUAUCAUCAUUCGUGCAAGACGUCCACGCUGCUACUUCCGAUGAUUGGAGAAGCCAAUCGAUAUAUCAAAUCAUCACGGAUCGGUUCGCAAGAACUGAUGGCUCGACUACCUAUGCCUGUAAUAAUACAGCGGAAUUGUAUUGCGGAGGGACCUUUCAAGGAAUCAUUAAUCAUCUAGAUUACAUUCAGGAUAUGGGAUUUACAGCUGUGAGUUUGCCCUUCUCAGCUUCCGCUUAAGCUCUUCCUACGAACAAUCUUCUCUCUGCUAUACUUUGUGCAAUCGUCGUGAUAAAAUGGAUUUUAUUAAGCUAAACAACGCAAACUGACUGAGACCAAACAUAGAUCUGGAUAUCGCCCGUGGUACAAAACAUCAAUCAGACAACAAAAUACGGCCAAGGUUACCAUGGAUUCUGGAGUCAAGAUAUCACCAAGAUCAACGAACAUUUUGGAACUCCAGAUGAUCUCAAACUUCUGUCGUCGACCUUACACGAUCGUGGCAUGGUAAGCUGAUUCAUAUCCACAUCUCAACCAUACGAAAUACAAAUUCUAAUCCACUUGUACGCUGUAGUAUCUGAUGAUCGAUGCGGUCAUCAACGACAUGGCCUACGCAGGGCCUGGGAGUAAAACCGAUUACUCUACACUGGUUCCGUUUAACAAAGAAGAAUACUUCCAUCCUUUUUGUUACAUCACCGAUUAUUCAAACGCAACCAACUUUCAAAAUUGUUGGCUCGGAGACGAUACAGUUUCACUACCAGAUCUUGAUACCGAAUCUGACUUUGUGAAGCAAACGUGGGAAACGUGGGUAUCGGAGAUGGUCGCCAAUUAUUCUCGUAUGUACUUCUGAUGAUGAAUCUGAUUUAUUCCUUGCGCUUUCUGGAACCCUUGGCUGUGGAGAAAAUCCGGGGAAUAUGCAGAAUAUAAAUUGUUGUAAGAGUGGGCUAACAGACAUCUGAACCGUAGUUGAUGGCCUUCGUAUCGAUGCCGCUAAACACGUCGACAAGCCCUUUUGGCCUGGCUUUCAAAAGGCUGCUAAUACGUUCACCAUCGGUGAAGUCUUUGACGAGUUGCCCACCAAUGCAUGCGAGUGGGCUGUUGAUGCGCUUUCGUCUGUCCUCAACUAUCCUGCCUGGUACUAUAUUACAUCUAUCCUUUCGAACUCUACAAAUGGCAUGGGAAGUUUAAGCUACCAAUUCGAUCAAAUCCAGCGAAACUGCUAUGAUACUACACUUCUUGGCACAUUUAGCGAGAAUCAUGAUGUCGCUCGUUUCGGAUCCUACACAACUGAUCUAUCUCAAAGAAAAAAUGCUCUUACGUUCGCUUUCUUCACUGAUGGUAUUCCUGUGGUAUAUUAUGGCGCGGAACAAGGCUUUGACGGUGGUGGUGAUCCUCAAAAUCGUGGAGCACUUUGGCUAAAUCCAGCUGGGUAUGAUAACACAUCAGCCUUAUAUCAACAUAUCAAGACCAUGAAUAUUGCCCGUAAUGCCGUCAACAAUUAUAUGAUUUCCACCAAUUACUCUAACUGGAGUCCUUACUGGGGAUACAAAUCAGCAGUCAUCUAUCAAGCAGACGAUGCAUUGAUAUUUAGAAAAGGAAACGUCAAUUCAAUUGUGACAGCUAUCACUAAUGUUGGGACCGAAGGUGGAACUGUGGGACCUUACUAUAUUGGAGACACCAAUUUUAGUGACGGAAUUCUUCUCAUUGAAAUAUUGAGCUGCAAUAGCACUAUUACAGGAGUCGGGGGAACUUUCACUCUCUCUUUGAAAAAUGGAGAGCCACAGGUAUUUUCACAUCUUUUCAAUGAAUAUGCAUGAUAGGAUGAGAACUAACAUUUGAAAUAGGUUUGGAUACCAGGUUCCCUUUUAGUGAACACAACCCUCUGUCCAAAACCUAUGAAAGAUGUCAACAAAACCCAGACCGCUACUGUCAAAUCUCUCUCAUCUCAAACAUCACCAUCAUCAAUGCUUUCCUUCUUUACCGCUUGCUUACUAUCGGCUUUAUUUUUCGUCUCUCAAUGAUAAUUAUGCACAGCAUUGGAUUGCGUUCUGGCGUUUGGGGUUCACUUAUUAAGGAAAUGAAUAAUUGUAUAAUCACAGGUAGCUUAUGUCCGUGGAAGUAUUACUUGAUUACAGGGCAUGGGUAGGAGUGAUUCAUUCGGCUGGGACGGCGAUCAGAAGCGGCGGCGAUGGUGACCAUCGUAGGAUACUCGGAGGGACAAAUUAUUGGCAAAACCCGGCCAUACAGCCAUGGACAUGGAAGAUGAGCAUGUCGUUACAUCCUUUCAAUGUACAUAUUUAAAGACAGGAUAUUUAGGGUGAUGGAAGAAAGAUAAAGAUGGUAUAUGUGUAGAUGAAUCAGAUACGGAUAUUACCAACCUUGUAACUUGAU